AUGUCACGAUUCAGCCUUGGCGUUUUCCUGUUCAUUUCGGUCUCCAUCGCCACGCAAUGGCCUUACAAUCGGGUUCAAGGCGAACAGCAGGUGUCCGGGCAUUUUCAACCGAAUCCAUCUAAACCAGAGUUCCGUGUUCAGCCUGAUGACCUGUUCGUGGACUGGCUUCGUAAUAUUGUGAAUAAAGACUCCGGUGGUGAUCUGAAACACAACUUCGUCAACAAAUCAAUUCCGUCCCAUAUCACAUCAGUGGAUGCGCUGCUGGGCGAACUCGUCAUUCCAUCAGCUCUAUUAUCAACUUCAAACAAAACAGAACACAUUGAGUUUAGUGAUGUAUAUACUUUCCCUCUGAAAGCUGACGUUCUUUUGGAUCAUCUCGGGUUUCCAUUAGAUCCUCGAUGUACCGCGGACCCGGCGAAAUGGUAUUUCCGUACUCAGGACGGGUCAUGCAACUGGUUAAAGGAGAAUGAAAUUGAAAUGGGAUCUGUAGGUACUGCUAAGCCAAGAGACUAUGACCAGCAUUUCUAUUCAGACGGCGUUUCAGCGCCACGGAAAGGGCCAAACCCACGGGCUGUGAGUAACGCGUUUUUCAAGAGAAAGAAGACUAUACGUUAUGAACAUACGCCGCUCUUGCUGGGACUCGUUGAGUUUCUUGUACACGACAUCACGUACAGUCAAGAUUCUCGUAUAGAGUUUGUUGACGUCGAGAUGCCCGAUGAUGAGCCAGACUUUCCCAAGAACACAACGCUUCGUGUUUGGCGAACAGAGGCUGUUCCAGGAACUGGAGUGUCGAAAAGUAAUCCGAGAGAGAAUGUCAACAUGGUGUCAACUUGGAUGGAUGUAUCGCCUCUUUACGGAAGCACCGAAGGGGUUGCGCGCAGUCUUCGCUCAUUCUCUGGCGGAGAACUACUAACUCAGGAGCUGCAAACUCGCGGCACAAGAUCGAAGAGCUCCUACCUUCCGUUCAACUCGAUGAACGUUCCAAUUAACAGCCGGCCUGGUGUGGAUCCCAAGGACCUGUUUGCCGGCGGAGACCCUCGAACAAACGAAGACUGGAUGAUGCUGGGCAUUCAUACGCUCAUGCUGCGAGAGCACAACAGGCUGUGCAAGGUACUCGCAAAACAGCAUCCGGAAUAUGACGACGAGCGUAUCUAUCAGACAAUCCGGCUCGUAAUGUCCGCAAAGUUCAUGCUCAUCGCAAACUCGUAUCAGAUGGCCUAUUGGACUAACGAGAUGCCUUGGCCUCGAGAUGAUGGGUUUCCUCUGUAUCGACAAAUGUAUGGUGCAAACGCAUUGGAGAUCAACGCGGCAAAUGUCUAUCCUUGGCCGCUUGUAACCAAAGGCGGCAGACCUAUGGUUGUGUCUGCGGAGAUGGCUGUCGUCUAUCGAUUUCACGAAUUCAUCAUCUCCUCUUUUCCCAUCAAGGAUGCUGCGAACAACACUCUCUGGGACCAGAAUCUUUUCUCUACCGGUUUCAACUCGUCCGGAUUUAUUGAUGCCGGUCUGGAAAACAUCCUUCGUGGCAUGGCGUCGACACGCAUCCCGACGUUCAAGAGCGGUGUUGACGAAAACUUCAGAUCGGCGGGAAAAUACAAAGGUCAGCCUUUCGACAUUGUUACUUGGAGCAUUGUGCACGAGCGAGAGCAAGGCUUGCCGACGUUCAACGCCUACUUCAGAGAGUACAACAAGCAAGAUCCGGCAGUCGAAGUUCCGAUCCGCAAACGCUUCGAAGAUUUCUCAACCGAUCCUGAGAUGGUUGCGAAUCUCAAGAGGCUGUACAACAAGCCGGAUGACGUUGACCUCGUAGUUGGCGUCCAGCUAGACGAAGAAUACUUCCCUGGAACAGUUGUCCCCAAAUCCGCUCUGAUUAUCAGUCUUUUCUCCUUGUUCGGGAUGGGGAACUCGGAUCGUUUCUCCGUCGGCUACGCCAUGAUGCGCUGCCUGCUCGUCGACAAGCCAUGGGACUGCCACCCAAGCAACGCCCUUGAAGAGCUCCUUUGGAAGCGCGUGGACGUCGCCGGCUUCCCGGACUUCCGGUUCUACGAUGAAUUUUGGGUCAAAGAGCUGGACAUUCAGGCGCACGGCACGAACCUGCUUUGGCGAAUUGUCACCGAAAAUUCGGAAGUGAAGUGUCUGCAGAAGGCUCCGCUCUUCGCGGCCGACCCUGUCACAAAUCCGGUUCUCUGCGCAUUGCCUGGCGAGUCGACGAAUGUUGUGGAAACAGCUUUGACCGCCGUGCAAGUCAUCCUUUCACUUAUCAAAUUAAAUUAUCAGGAGAUUGUGGCUUCUGCUGUUGCGCUGGUCGCAGCCGUGGCGCUUGUCCGUUCGCUAAGAAAAGUCUAG